CGUUGCUUCCCUCUGCUCUUUCUCCGAUCCAUUUUUGUCCGAUUUAUUCGCGCAUCAAUGUUCAUCGUUUGUUUCCGGAAGGAGGUAUUACAGUAGAAUAAGGAGAAACCGUCUGAUCUAGGGUGGUACCGGCGACACAUUCUGGGUCCAUUCAUGGAGGCUCAUGGUUCCGGGCUCCGCCGUGUGUUACUCUUGGCGUUCUGUGUCGCCGGGAUUUGGGCUGCUUAUAUCUACCAAGGUUUUCUUCAGGAAACUCUGUCGACAAAGCGAUUUGGUCCAGAUGCGCAGAGGUUUGAGCACCUUGCAUUUCUAAACUUGGCUCAGAAUGUAGUAUGUUUGAUCUGGUCGUAUAUAAUGAUUAGGAUAUGGUCUGGUGGCAGUUCUGGUGGUGCUCCUUGGUGGGCUUAUUGGAGUGCUGGCAUUACGAAUACAAUUGGUCCUGCUAUGGGAAUUGAAGCAUUGAAGUAUAUUAGUUAUCCCGCUCAGGUCCUUGCAAAAUCCUCAAAAAUGAUUCCAGUUAUGCUGAUGGGUACUUUAGUGUACGGUAUAAGAUAUUCUUUUCCAGAGUACCUUUGUUCAUUCCUUGUUGCUGGAGGGGUAUCCACAUUCGCACUUUUAAAGACCAGCUCAAAGACAAUCAACAAGCUGGCACAUCCAAACGCCCCACUGGGAUAUGGGCUUUGCUUCCUGAACCUUGCUUUUGAUGGAUUCACAAAUGCAACUCAAGAUUCCUUAAAAGCAAGGUAUCCAAAAACAAGUGCCUGGGGUAUUAUGUUGGGCAUGAAUUUAUGGGGGACCAUAUACAAUACGAUGUACAUGUUUGGCUGGCCCGGUGGUAUUGGAUACGAGGCAAUUCGCUUCUGCAAACAUCAUCCAGAGGCAGCUUGGGAUAUGUUUUACUUUUGCUGUUGCGGUGCAGUGGGCCAGAAUUUUAUCUUUUUGACUAUAAGUCAAUUUGGGUCUUUGGCUAACACCACCAUCACGACCACUCGCAAGUUUGUUAGCAUUGUGGUGUCUUCAUUAUUGAGUGGGAAUCCCUUGUCAAGCAAGCAAUGGGGAUGUGUUUUUUUGGUAUUCUCUGGCUUGACAUACCAGAUCUACCUCAAGUGGCAAAAACUGCAAAGAUUGCAGAAGAAGAAGAAAGCCUUAUGAAGUGAGUCCUUCAUAAAUAUUUAAUUAAAUCAUUAGUGCCUUUUAUCUCCUAUCAAGUAUCAACCCUCUUGAUAUGGCUUUUUACCUAGAGGUUCAAAGGAUGGGCCAAAUUUAGACUAUAGAUAGGAAUGUUGGUAAAUGUAAUUGUUUUUAGCAUCAGACGUAUAAAGAUUGAAGAUUAAGUUUUAGAGCCCAUUUUGUUAGGCACUCGUGAUUUUCUAGGUUCAACCUACUUGUGUACUGUUCGUCUGAUCCCAAAGCUGUAUACCCUGAACCUGAUUUUGAGAUUUCUUUGCAAUUUUAAAGUUCUUAUAGAGUGAGGUUCGAGAUUAGUGUUAAUACUGUAUUACUGUUAACUUAUUUUGAGA